CACUUUAUGACUUUUGAAUUGAUAGUCAUAUCAAGUUUUUUGUUUUGCAUUUUAAACUGAUGAAGUCAAUACGUGUCCAAAUAUUACUGUGGCAAUUCAUUGCCAUCGUUUAUUGCCAGUCUGAUGGCUUGAAAGUGAAAACGAUCGUUGGCGAAGUGAUUGGAGUUAAACAAAAAACGUUUGUCAAUCAACUUGUAUACAUUUCAUAUAAGGGGAUACCCUAUGCAGAACCUCCAGUUGGAAAAUUAAGAUUUGGGGUACCUGUUCCGGUAAAACCAUGGUCCAAACCACUUGUCACCACCAAUGAAUAUCAAAAUUCAUGUCUUGUCCUUGGACAAUCCGUCCUUUUGGGAAUGAAAACAAACAAAAGCGAAGAUUGCCUUUAUCUCAAUGUAUAUACGCCAGUUACUGACGAAUCCAAAACAAAUAAAAAAUUGCCUGUGCUCUUCUGGAUACAUGGUGGAGCAUAUCUUGAGGGUGACGGAAGCGAUUUAUAUCAAGGAGCUGAUUUUUUGAUGGAGCACAAUGUCGUGUUCGUUUCGAUCAACUAUCGCUUGGGUCCAUUUGGUUUUGCCAAUUUCGAUACAGCAGGUUACACCGGAAAUAUGGGACUCAAGGAUCAACGUCUAGCGUUGAAAUGGGUUAAAGAAAAUAUUGCAUCUUUCGGUGGUGAUGCAGAGUCGAUCACCGUUAUUGGUGAAAGCGCCGGUGGAGCAUCUGUUCAUUUCCAGCUCAUGUCAGAUGCUUGUCAAUAUGUAAAUCGUGCAGUCAUGAUGAGUGGAAGCGCAUUCAAUUAUUGGUCAUACUACAAAGAGAAUAAUAAUGUAAACGUUUUGAAAGAAGCAUUCAAAGAGGAAUUGGGUGACAAAACCAGUCCAGAGGACAUAUUGAAUUUCAUGCGUGAUGCUCCAGUCGAUGUUAUUGUAGCAAAAACUCCAGCUUUUGAUCUAUCCGCAACUUCACUUGUAUUCUUUUGGACUCCGGUUGUUGAAGACAAGAAGAAAGCUGUCGAACCCAUUUUAACGCAAAGACCACAUGAAAUUUAUGCACAAAAUAAAUUCAGCGCCCAUUGUAAAAGCGUGGACGUCGUGCUAACCACCACAAGUGCUGAAUUCAUGUCAUUCAACAAUCCAUUCAGUCCUUAUGCAUUUACUCAAUCUUUGAAAACGACUUCGCCAUACAUCCAUAUACCUUACCAUGGUCUUACUUUGGCGCCAAACUCAAUGAAAUACCAAAAAGUCCAAGCCAGUAUUAAGAAGUUAUACUUUGGUGAUAAGGAGAUUACAGAGACUCCUGACCAAUUGAAUCAAUUCGUUCAAAUGACUUCGGAUGCAAAUUUUGUAGUUCCUUUCUAUGAAACCAUGAAUUUACACUCAAAAGUAGGAAAAACGUUCUGCGCUUAUUUCGACAUUGACUUGAACACGAAUGUUAAUAAAAUAGUCAGACAUAUGGAGGCAGUUAAAGGAAUGGGCCACUUUGAAGAAACUGGAUAUCUUUUCAAAAUAAAUGAACCUACGUACGUUAACCUGUACAAUCAAACCUUGAAAAACCGUAAAGAUCCAAAGAAUAAGAAGACAAUAGAUGCAUGGAAUUUUGUAUCGAAACUCAUUGCUGAUUUCGCCAAGACAGGUUCCUUAAAUAAAAUCGGUGCAAUCAAAUCAGCCCAAAAUGCUCGAUGCGUUCACGUCACCAAUGACGGCCUGCGCUCAAUUACCCAGCCGAAGAAAAAGACCAUAGAUGCAUGGAAUAAAAUCAAAACAUCUCUUAAAGCAUACAUUGUCGAUGAAUUUUAAAUAAAUCAUGUGUUGUAAGCUUCCAGUCUGAGAUGCUACCGAAGAAAAAAAAAAAAACAAGCAAAAAAUUGUUUCACCACUGGAUUUUUUUCUGAAUAAAAAUUUAUUUGGAACAGAGCUUGUCCACGAACAUU